AUGAGAUUAGGUGCAUUUUUAAUCAUUUUCAGACAUACAGAACCACUAAAAAAAAUAACCAAAUAUCGUGCUAAGUCACAUUGUUUUUUCGGAGACGAUUUUCCAAUUGAUGAUAAGAUAAAAAUGUCUUCAGAUCUUGAUCAGUAUAAUGAUAAUCAUAUGGAAAGCGACGAUAUGGAUAUGCCUUCGAACAUGCAGAAUAACAGUCACAAUCAAGCAGAAAAACGUGCACAUCAUAAUGCUCUUGAGAGAAAACGUCGUGAUCAUAUUAAAGGAAGUUUCAAUGAUCUUCGCGAUGUGAUUCCAGUGUUAAAAGGAGAAAAGUCUCAGGCAUCUCGCGCUCAUAUUCUGAAAUCCGCAACUGAUUAUAUUCAAUCGUUGAAAUCCAAAACUCAACAGCAUCAAAAAUUAAUCGAUGAUCUUAAACGACAGAAUGCAAUAUUGGAACUUCAAACCCGUCUUCUCGAUCGAGUGAAAGAAACAAGUUUAUAUGCGCAAAGCCAUGAGAAAAAAACUGUCAAAAAUGAACCGGAAAUCCAAACAACUCGAAAUUUGCUAAACUAA